UCCACUUGCUCUGCAUAGUCCUCGCUGCCUGGCGUAGCCAUGCUGACAUCGCCUGCGGUGUCGAAUGCGAGUCUCCCGUCCCAAGGCGGAUUCUGGGGGAGAUUCAAGUCGCCUAAAGGCGGCAAAGACAUGAGGCUGGAGCAGCAGCCACAGCAACCGCCACCGAUGGCGUUGUCCAGGCAAAGACUGUUGACCCUUGCGUUCGGUGACAUGGAGACAAUUCGAGUGCUUCCGCCCACCUAUAUUGAACUUGAAGCACUUGCGCGAGAUUGGGUUAAACCGCCACCGGACGCGAUGUUCAGUCUGCGCGUCCCCGUCGAAUACGCGUCCCUUGCUGCUUCUCGUCUCAUCUCUACGCCUUAUAUCUACUUGUCUGGAGACGACACCUAUCAAAUUGCAGUGAUGGGCGUGCAAGGGCUGAGAGUAGAGAUUGUCUCUGACGGUCCGCCCCCGCCAGAGGACGAACCUCCUCCGCCUCCACCUCCGCCGGUCCUGGACAUGCCAGCGACCUUCAACCUAGAAUUAAGCCCCGGACAAUAUGUAGCCCUAGACACCACUGUUUCAUCGGAUGACUGUGACAUGGCCCGCAUGGAGGAUGGGACAACAGUAGACGGCCAAUUCUGGGGCAAGCUGAACAUUGUUCACCAAGGUGAUACCCACACCAUGGAGUUCAGUGGGACAAGGAUCGUCAACGAGGAUGAAGUCUCACCAGACCUGCUUGUCGACUCCAAAGUCAUCACCAAGCUUGCCGCUGCGGCCAAGCCGGCAACAGCCAAAUGUCAUCUGAGCAUCCUUGCCCCGAGUGCGCAGUACUGUGACGUGACACUCUCCUGCUCGUCGCUCUGGAGGCUCGGAAUGACAUGGCCCACCGCCGAGCCAGUCGCGGACAACAGGGUCAAAUACUUCUUGCGGGUGCACCCUGGCGGUGCGGCCGAGCACUUCGAGACCCAAAUCACGUGUACAUCACUGUACUAUGAAGCGAUACCAGAUCCUGUGUAUGUCGAUCCGCAGGAGUUUAUCGCGCCGCGCAACGGCUUCGCAAUGUCCUUCCGGGACUUCAUCCCUCAUCUCGGCAACGUUCUAGACCAGCUUGGCAUGUCUCUCCAUGCUCGGACCAGCUUCAUCAACAACAACAUGAGCGCCUUCUCGCAGCACAGGAACAUCGCUUAUCGGUUCCUGUCGCCUAGCAAGAUCGCGGCCGCCAUCGACAUCUCCGUCACGGUCGAGAACUGCGUCUUCACACGCAUCUUCCUCAUGUUUCGCGGCCUCUCGGAUGACGAGGUGUCCGUGUUCGAGGGGCGUGGCGAGAAGGAGGCCAACCAGGUCAACUGGAGGGAGCAGAUCGGUUGGUCCGAGCUCUCCAAGGAUCCGACACAAUUCCGGGUGUUGGAGACCUCCAUUCUGGAGCUCAUGUAGGAAGGUACCGUGGCUCUUUUAGUCGACGUUCCAGAGAUCCGGACUUUCUCACCAUCUUGUCUCCGGAAGUUCAAGAGUUGUUCUGGCUUGUCCGUGAUGAAUUAUGCUGUAGUCUUAUGCUUCCAAUUACGCAGUCGUACCCAUACGGUAAUAGUAGUCCAUCGAAGAUUUUCUUUCCGAUCUGUAUCGUGUAGAACAUACCUAUCCCGGUUAUCUCAAUAUCAAC